AUGGUACAACUGGGUUAGUAGGACGAUAACUUAAAUUUCGCGUAGACGUGCAAUCGUUUGAUAAAACAAUGAAAUUUUCCAUUUUCUUCCUAAUUGCCAUCCAAUUAGUCGCCUCAAGUUUUGCGUUCGAUGCGGAAACUGAACGAAUUAUUGAUAAUUUUGUGGAAAAUGUGUUCAUGAUAAACAAUCAGAUACCCGGUGUGGGACUGUCUGUAAUACGAAAUGGAACGGUUCUAAUGUCGAAAGGAUACGGAAUGAGGAACAUUACCGCUGGUCGAGCGUCAGAUGGAAACACACUCUUUUCGAUCGGUUCAAUUACCAAAAGUUUCGUUGCUGUUCUUGUUGUUAAAACAUUAAAUGAAUUAUACCCUCAACGGGGCGCCGCUGUUCUAGACAUUCCCAUAGCACAAUUGAUUCCACCCACCGUCAAUUUCACAUUUAGUGAUCGGUAUAGAGCCGAGCAAACGACUUUUAGAGACAUUCUGGCUCACCGUACUUGUUUACUUAACGGAGAAGUUGAACUCCUUGUUGGCUCAGUACCAUCGGCUGCAGAAUACGCACACCGUUCCAGAUAUCUACCAGAAGUUUGCGAAUUUAGAAACGGAUAUAUGUACAACAAUAAUAUGCUUUCACUUGCCGGGGAGUACAUUGCUGCGAUUGCGGGAACAACACUGCAAAACAUGGUAAUCUCACUUGCUAGAGACAUUGGCAUGACAAACACAACCUAUGUCGAUUUUGAUGGCGCUUAUGAAUCACUUCCGGAUAUGUCACAACCGUAUAUACUGCGAAAUGGCACCCUUGUACAAUUCGAUAUGUUUCAAAUUCGAAGAGUUCACAUGGCCUUGGGGGCUGGAGGUAUUCUGUCCUCGGCAAAUGACAUGGCUAAAUACAUGGAGUUUCAUCUGAGUCAGGGACGAGUGGGUGAUAGGCAAAUCGUGCCAACGAAUGUGAUGAGUUGGUUGUACGCUAUAUCAAACGGAUUUGAUUUCCAAGGCGGCAGGAGUGAAGAUUCUGAGUCAAUCGUUUAUGGUGAUUUGGGAACAGCUCAAGGAUUUUUUUCAUCUUUAUAUGAUGGAUGGAGUGUUAUUCAUCACGGCGGAUACUGGCCUCCCUAUCACUGUGAUAUGCGUCUCUUCCCCGCAACAAGAAUUGGAGUUUUUAUUUGUACUAAUGGUCCAGGUGCUAUUUUUAACUAUCCUACACAUGAAAUUACGGCUUUAAAUAUCUUCGAACUGGUACGUGCAACGAAUCGAUCGUUUGAGGAAAUUGUAUCAAAAAACAUGAACAUUGGUACGCCCUUCAUCGAACAUCAACUCUUCAACGAUCACAAGACCAACAGAGCCUCUACAGCUUUACAUCACAACCAAAUGAGGAAACAAAUCGCACCGAAUGAUGUUGUGGGCUUAUAUGGACAUCCACACGACGGUGAUCUUAGUAUUGGAUAUGCGCCCGGCACCAAUAACUCUACACUUCAGGUGUACUUCAGCGAGUGGGCACACGGACGACUACAACAGGUUCCCGGGUUCAAUACUACUUUCAGUGUACAUUGGGACACCAUGGUCAUGGAUCAUUUUUAUUCGUAUCCAUGGGACGUGCCCAAUUUUUGGAUUGAUUUUGGAAUCGUUGAUUCGGUUUUGCUCCGGGCCGGUGAAUUUGACACAUAUCUCGAAUUUGAAUUCGUCAAAAAUGCAACGCUAGACACAUUUCCGGCAAUACCUUGGGCACCAACGAGUUGUGGACCGGAGUAGUCAGUGAAUAGGUUGAAGUGUAAGGCAAUGAAAUGCAAUUGGGUUCUUUAAGAAUAAAA